AUGUCUUUGUCCAGCUCUCUCUUACCGUUACCCUCCGUCACGCAACUUCAGAUCGAUUCUGUUACAUUUGCACCAGCCAUCAGUUCACCAGCUUCCCACAAUCCCCUCUUCCUCGGUGGUGCAGGUGUGCGAGGUUUGGAUAUGCAUGGUAAGUUUGUGAUUUUCACUGUCAUUGGCCUUUACCUAGAGGCUAAUGCCGUCCCGUCACUCUCCGUUAAGUGGAAGGGAAAGACUAGGAAGGAAUUAACGGAAUCCGUCCCAUUCUUCCGUGACAUCGUCACAGGUGAGUUUGAGAAAUUUAUUAAGGUGACGAUGAAGCGACCAUUAACGGGGAAAGAAUAUUCGAUGAAAGUAGCAAAGAACUGUGUCAUGAUUUGGAAAUCGUUAGGGAUUUACACACAGAGUGAAGCCAAAGCUCUUCAAAGAUUCUUGAAGAUAUUCAAAGACCAAACUUUCCCUCCCGGUGCCUCCAUCCUCUUUGCUCUUUCCCCUAAAGGUUAUCUCACGAUUGCGUUUUCUAAAGACGAUACUAUUCCUAAAGCUGGACAAGCUGUGGUCAAGAAUAAGUUGUUGGCAGAGGCAGUUCUUGAAUCAAUCAUUGGAAAGAAUGGUGUUUCUCCUGCGACUAGGCUGAGUCUUGCUGAGAGAUUAGCCCAGCUGAUGAAUCACAACAAGGUCAAAGAGGAAGCUAAGGAUCUCUCCCUUGGGGAUAAAUUGGCCAAAGAGAACAACAAAUAA